GAAGCUUCAGUUAGUACAUCGACUGUUGCAAGAAGCAUCGACCUCAGCUUGUCAGCUAAUACCACUGAAGAUUCAAGCAAAUAUCAACGCAUCCCAAAGUCUACCAAGAUGAAGCAAGCCUCCAUCGCUUUGUUGUUUCUCUUUGUUGCUCUUUGCUCGGCCACGAGAUUGCAGCGGCGAGAUGACUGUGCAGACUGUCGUGGUUUUCCGCCUGAUUGCAGUUGUGAGGACUAUCAAAUUUGCAAGAGCCAGGGUUGUGACACUGGAGAAUGCCAACCUGAUUGCCCAGGAAAAAGAAGGAAGACGAUGCUUGGGGAACUGUUGAAGAGAAAACCUAAUGACUGUGCAGAUUGUUAUGGUUUUCCACCUGAUUGCAGCUGUGAGGAUUAUCUAUUUUGCAAGAGCCAGGGUUGUGACACUGGAGAGUGCCAACCUGAUUGCUCAGAUAAAAGAAGGAGAAUGAUGGCUGGACAGUUGUUGAAGAGAAAACCUGAUGACUGUGCAGAUUGUUAUGGUUUUCCACCUGAUUGCAGCUGUGAGGAUUAUCUAUUUUGCAAGAGCCAGGGUUGUGACACUGGAGAAUGCCAACCUGAUUGCCCAGGUAAACGAAACAUAAUGAUGUCUAGAGCUUGGUUCAAGAAAGAAGGUGCACCACGUUGCUCCGACUGAUGAUACUUUACCUUGCUGCUAAAGUACAUCACCUUGGAGAGAUGUCUUUUGUUCAAGUAAUGCUCUUGCUACGUUCAACUUUCUCAGUUUAAGCUAAAGUUUAUAUUGCACAAGAGUGGUCAUGCUAGAUAAGCGAAUAUUUAACCUUUAUAUAGCCUUUUCAAUUGCCUUUUUAAACUUAGUUUUCAACUUUUUUUCUCAGUAAGAAGAUGUUAAUGCAGAAUUCCAUGUAAAACCAGGUUUGCUGAAUUAGAGCUCUCCUGUGAAAGUAAUUGGGCUGAAUAUGUAAAAUAGUGAUAAUUUGUAGCCUUAAUUGAUUAAUGUAGAUUCAUAAUUUUUUCAAGGAAGAAUAAACGUUUUGCUUUGACCAGAAGUGUCAGAA